CUAUCACUGUCAAACUACAGGAGCGUCUAUUGUUGUAAUUUUUAUUUGGUGUUUUGUAAAUAAUUCUCAUUAUUUAACUCAUUUUAGUCCGUUAUAUAUGUAAAAUAAAACAUUAUUUAAUGGCAAAUAUCCUGAAAAUAUGUGCGACCUUAAAAUAUGCAGAAUAUGUCUGCGGACAAUGUGUAAAUUUUAUAAAUACGACCAAUUACCGCUGAAGUUUUAUUAUGAAGAAUUAAUGACUUUUAAAAGUAAAGGCAAAGACAUACUGCCCCAAUAUUUCUGCUAUGAAUGUGCCACAAUGCUCCACAAGUUUCAUAAGUUUAAAGAAAAAUGUUAUAAUGGACAAAACACCCUGCAAGAUCUGAUUUUUAAGAAUAAGCUGAAUUAUAAUGAAGUACACAAGAUAUACAAGAAAAGGAAAUCACAACCACCGUUUAUACUGAACUUGAGCAUAAUAAAAGUUUCCAAACAAGUGAAGACAUUUAUUUACAAAUAUGAUGGCGACGAGGAAUGGGAAAAUGAAAUCGAAAUAGACAUAAUCAAUAAACAUUGUUUAGGAAAUGAUCAUGAUUUAGAUGAAAAAUGUCAAGAUGACACGAGAGAGCUCAAUUUUGACAAUUCAAUAGAUGUUAAGAAUGAAAAGGAGAGUGUGAGUAAUAAUGUCCAAACUACACAUGAAACCAAAUCAAAUUUCGAUCAGAACAAUCAUGAAUUUGACGAUAAUGCUCUCUUUGACAACAUUCCCAAUUUGAAUGACGAUAGAAUCGAAACUGAAAAAGUUCCUGAGCAUAAUUUACACAAAUCUGAAACACAUAUUCCCAGUCCAAUUUCGUCUGACGAUGAAGUUUUAGCGAGAAAAGUACGAAAUAAAUUGAAAAAUAGAAAGUUACACUUAGAGCCUGUGAAGAAGGUUCCUAAAUUUCAAAGGUCCAAAAAUGGACCGCCUAAAUUAAGUGAUGGCAAUUGGAAGAAGAUUAACCUGACAGAUGAUGAAGCAAUGCAGCGAUUUGAGGCUAAAGGUGUGGACAGUAAAUAUGUAAAUGCACCGUUCAAAUGCACACAAUGUUAUAGAUGGUUUUCAAAUGUGGACAUUUAUGAUAGGCAUAUGGUUUUGAGACACAAUCAGUCUCUACGCCUUGAAUGUAGGUUUUGCAAAAUGCGCUUCAAAUUGGGACACCAGCUUCAAAAGCACAUGAAACAGCAUUAUAAUGUGUUCGAGUGCCAGCGAUGUUACUUCGUGUGCCCUCUCGAACAAUCAGCUAUAUUUCACGACGAAUCUCAUAAUGGUAAAAUAAGAACUUGCAAUGUUUGCUACAAGGAAUUCACCCACUCGUCAACGUACUAUUCUCACAUGACGACCCACCGCACAAACUUCGUGUGCACUCUCUGCGGCCGGUCGUUUGUCAGCGAAUUAGGUUUGGAUGUUCACAAGAAACGGACGCAUGUUAAUUAUCUGAAUGAGAAUACAGCCAAGAUCGACACGGAGACGAUUUACUGCGAACGAUGUGACAUCAAGUUCGAAGCUCGGGCCGCUUACGAGGAACAUGUGUUUCAUUCCGCUAACCAUACCGAAGAUAUUGUCGAUCCGAACAAUGAACUGUUAAGGUUCCAGAAAAAAGUAUGCGGGAUAAAGGAAAAGGCGGUGUUAGCAGAAGAAAUUCGAAUAAGGAGGGAACAGGAUCCAACGUUGGUACUAACGAAGCCUAUGAAGAGGGCUUGUGUGAGGGUGUCAAAGAAAACUCCAAUGAAUUGUUACCAGUGCGGCAAACACUUCGAAUCACAGAUGCAGUGUCGAAAACAUCACUUAAAGGAGCACCCUCGCACCACAUUUGUCUGUCCCGGGACUCCGGAGAGAACGAUAUGCGAAAUAUGUGGGGCCGACUUAGCGUUUAGCAGCAUGAUGGCGCAUCUCAACAUGCACUCGAGGGAGAAGUUGUACAAAUGCGACCUGUGCGACAGGAGCUUCGUGCAGAACUCCACGCUGAAAAGACAUAUGCUGACACAUACAGGCGAGCGACCUUAUCCGUGCACAUUGUGUGGGAAACGCUUCACGCAAUCCAACAGCCAGCAACUCCACUAUCGAACUGUCCAUCUGAAGGAGCCGCAUCCGAAACGAAAUAGAAGAAAAAAAGUUGAAGAACAUCUAAACGAAGACGACUGAUCUCUAUAAAUCCGCCUCAGUAUUUUACCGCGAUACGACUAAAGUAAUUUACAUUUUUGAAAUGGCACCCUCAACCGAUGCAACCGAAAGCACCACACCAACCAUUGUAAAUUCACCGCUUUUGACUUGGCAUAGAGUAUGCAAGAGCCAAGCCCCAUUGUUCAGUCAUGCGCCGUUGCGGCGACGCAGCACGUUUGCUAUAGAAUUUAACACUUGACGUACGUAAACGAAGGACUUCCGACACUGACGCGCGUAGACAUACUUAGGUCGAGACUAAAUACAAUUUCUACGUUGAUCCGUCGACGGACGUCACGGAAAAUGACGGAGCGCAACGGGGCAUGGCUCGUAGGCUCCGACCCGAUUGUUCCGUUGUUUAGACGUGCCGACGUUAUGCGUGCCGUCAAUGUCAAAAUUUGUACAAUGGAGCUGCAACGCGCUACUUCAACGCAACGGAGCAAUGGAACCGGAACGUAACGAAAGGUGCUACUGACUGUACCUAAAACCAAUACUCUAGUUUUGUUGCUAAUAAAGGGUUUUCAAAUAUAAAAAGAGUUUCAGAUUAAUUUCCGGGUACCUAAAGCUAUUACAAAUUCUAAAUUGAAUUACUUACAUAUUUCUUCCUCGCGGCCCUCUUUAGAAAUACUGUUGCCUGUCACCUGUAAGUCUUAUCCCUUAGCCGUUUAAUACGACAUUACGUAAGCUUGCAUUACGUAAACUUCAAAUUUAUCCCUUAGCCUCUUCUACGUAAGUAUGCGUCCUAUUCUAGGGCGGGAACCCCACGCCUAAGUGCAGGAAUCCAAAAUGAAACUUCAAUUAACACUUAUUCAUUUAUUAAACCGGUUUAUUACAUAAGUAAUAUACAUAUAGAAGUUAAUAUUGUAUAUGAGAAUUGUGAUAUUAUUAUUUUUAAUUAUUCAUUCAUGGUACAAUCAACUUAACAUAAACCUAACCAAAUUCAUUGCAAACAUUGUGUAUACCAGUUGUUUAUUCUUUGAAAAUCGAAAAUGUGAAUUAUGACCUACAUUUGUUAAUUGACGUCCUUUGAGAAAAGGCCGCGGUGAAGUUUGUUGCGCCGUUUCUUCUUCACCUGCGCUUUGGAAGCCGGCAGUAGACUUAGUUUAAGUAAUUUUUUGACGUCAAUAAGUGAUGUAUAUCAUCCUAAAUUGAAUAAAGAAUUUUGAAUUUGAAAAACUAAAGCAAUACCCAUUUGUAUCUAUAAUAAGGCCUAAGUAUAUGACACUUGGUUAAAAAGGAACAUUUUUUAAUUUAACCUUAAGACCCAAUAAACGUAAUCGAUCAAGUGCAGCUCGUAAAGUAAGCAUGUCUGCGUGCCUAUCCCCCUGUGAUACAUGUAAAACGUCUAUCGGUGGAAACCGAUAGACGUUGGAUAUAUAGAAAAUACAUCUAUUUUCUAUAUAGUUUGGUGACAUUGUGGAGCUGGCAUAAGACAUCUCUUAUGCCAGCUCCACAAUGUCACCACACUCAGACACGAGCCGACGCGAAUGCGUGAACGUUGCGCAGUUAGUAUAAGUGCUUUUAUUUACCGCAAUGAAAAACCAGCAAUGUAUACCGAACCCGACAAAGUUUGGCGAACUGUACGACGAUAUUGUGGCGCCGGCAUUAUGCGAAGCGAACGUGCUUUGCGUGAGAGUUUUUACAAAAAUGUCUUCUUCUAUUCUCGUGUCGUGUGUGGCUCCAUCGACAAAACGAUGAUUUUGCUAUUUUGCUAACGUCACGGUUGAGAAUAAUAUAAAUGUUAUAAUAUUAAUACUAACACGGUUGUCAUCUCAUGCAGGCGGGCGUUUAUUUUUGACACAAACUUCUAUUGUUGUCAGAGAAAAAAAUUACUAGUCGAAAAUCUUUAUUCUUUGUAUUUGAUUUUGAUUACUAUCGAAAGAAUUUGAAUGCAAUCUAUGCGAGACAAAAACAAUCAUGUCCGCGCAGUAAACCGUUGAGGAGUUCCCUUGUCGGGAGCCGUUCCUGGGUGCACCAUCGGCCCGUGCUUAUCAUAAUAAUGCAUUGUCCGCCAAACUAAACGUGUGCACAAAAUUUCUGCUCAAUCGGUUGAAGAUAUCUGCUUCAAAAUUGAGUUGUAAGAUUUCACCCGAACAUAGAUGUACAUACAUACAUUGAAAGCAAAAUUGUGUUAUAUUGAAUGCAUUUGAAAAUAAGAUUGAGUGAGAAUUGAAUUUUACCUUUUCAUUUUCAAAAUGUGCUAUAUUGAGCUGUAAAAACUAUACGAUAUAUGUCUACGCCAGUACACCACAACACUAGGCCCGUCCCGCCCGCGACCCCUCGCGCGGCAGCCAAUGGCUAUCGAACACGACAAUUUAAAUUUGAUUCGUGCGCGCGCACUACAAAUCUAGUUUAUUUCUAUUGUUUUUUUCCUGUCAUUCGAUUCGAUUUCUGUUUUUCAUUAUACCAAUUUGUAAGAACAAAGAAAAAUAUAAUUAUCUAAUUCUUAGCUCCAAGUAUUUUAUUUUAACUACCUAUUAGUUCCGUAACGAACAAUAUAGGUUACAUUAUAAUGUAAGUUUUAUUGUUAUUAUAUCACUAAAACUUUCUAAAGACGUUAUAUUAGGUAUUUAAAUUGAACAGCCACAAAUGAAGUCAUUUAAGCAGCCCAUUUUUAGAAAAAUAUGAUUUUUUCUACAUGUUCAAUGCCAAAUAUUGGCGAAGAUAAUUUAUUUCGAUGCGUGACUGCAAUGGAAUCUGUGGGUCCACGUUUAAAAAUCACUGCACAGAGAAUGCUAUCCAAAAUUUUAUUUGUAACACUGCUAUAACAGUACACUGUCCACAAGUAUUAAAUUUUCAUUUUAAUAUUGAAUAUACAUCUCAAUUAGUAGAUAAAAUGUAAUAUGUUUUUGUUCAGGCACUAGUUAAUUAUAAAACUCGGGUCAAUACAUUAUACAUAUAUCUUUACUCUUGGCUAGCAACACUGUUUAUCAACCAAUCAUAACCAUUCUAUUUGGUAUUGCAAUGGCAAAAAUAUACUUUACAAUCAUUUUUUUCCCCAUCUUUAUAGAAAGGAAAGCUUUUCAUGUUUAAAAAAAGACGUUAUCAGAAUUUAUACACAUAUAUAACUUGAAUGAUAUAA